GUGGAAACGAACAGACAUGCGCUCACUUCCUCUGAAAGUGAAACUCUGAGCGGCAGAAAGUCAACGGCUGAAACACGGAGAACAACAGCUAAAUACAAGAGUUAGUUUGUUCAGUUUUCGCUCGUAAGUUGAAGUAGUUUUACUGACAUACGGAAGACGCGUCUUUUCGCUUUUGUGGCCGUAUAGUUUCGGUGGCUGGCGAGUCGGCAGCGCAACCCUAACCUGUAGAGUGCUGGGAGCUGAGCACCAGGCUGGUGCUGGUGGGAGUGGGUUCCUGAUGGAUAGGCGGUUACUGUCCCGCAUAGACGAGGAGCUGGACUCCUCUGAGGUGGCAGGGCUUUGCUUCUUGUGUCGGGAUGUCAUCAGCGGGAAACGCCUGGAGGGGAUCAAGGAUGCGAAACAGCUGUUCUUGAGACUUGAAGAAAAAGAAUUGCUGGAGAACAAAUUUUUCCUCACACAGCUGCUCCGCACUAUCCAUCGAGCAGAUCUCCUCAGCCUCAUAGAGACAGACAGCAGACAAACAGAGGAAACAGAUGCUCGGCCUCUGCUGUCAGAAUACAGGGUGAUGCUGUACAGGAUAUAUGAUGACAUGACUCAGGAGAAUCUGAACCAGUUUAAGUUUCUGUUGAACAACGAGCAGCGCAGAAAAAUGGAGAUGUGUAGUACCGUCCUGGAUGUGUUUGUUGAAAUGGAAAAGGUAGGAUUGCUAUCAAAUACAAAUCUUACUGAGCUGCAUGAAAUACUGCUGGAGAUAGAUCAACAGCUGGCGACAACUGUGCAGAAAUACAUGCAAGGGGUGCACCAGCAUCAACACAGUCUACCUGUCAGCGUGGAUCCCCAGGCCCAGAGGGUCAACAACACUCCUCAGCCACAACCUUUUGUGUCCAUGUCUGAGGCUCAGCCCAGCUAUGGGUCAGAGAGUGUUUAUUCUGAUGCACAGUCGACGACAGAGACGCCCUCACUUUCUGAUCCGGCAGACUACUAUGAUCUGACUCAUAAACCUCGUGGUUUGUGUGUGGUCAUCAACAAUGAGGACUUUCCGGGAACAGGCCUGUCGAGUAGAAAAGGAACUCAGGAGGAUGCAAAGACUCUGAACAAAGUGUUCACCGACUUUGGCUUUGACGUAAAGAUACGCAACAACCUGACUGCGAGUGACAUGCGAGCUGAGAUGCAAAAGCUGGGUGAAAGAAAUUUUAUGAAUGACGAUGCCUUGGUGGUGUGUGUGCUUUCCCAUGGAGAAAAUGAGUGUGUCUAUGGCACUGAUGAGCAGCCGGUGCUUCUGCGAGACCUGACGCUGCCUUUCAAAAGUGGUAGAGCGCCCACCUUGGCAGGGAAACCCAAGCUCUUCUUCAUCCAAGCCUGCCAGGGUUCCGGCUACCAGGAGGGAGCCGUGCCUUGCCCCCCAACACCAGCAGCAGAGGAGGUGGAAAGAACAAGCCACUUUGAAGAAGACGCUGGUGCAGUCCGCAGUGAGACGGUGCCCUGGGACGCAGACUUCUUGAUAGGCAUGGCCACCGUGCCAGAGUGCAAGUCGUUUCGAAACACCCUCACCGGCUCCAUCUACAUCCAGGAGCUGUGCAGGCAGCUGAUCAAAUCAGCAGGAAGCUCGGAGAAAGAUGAUAUACUCUCUGUCCUGACGCGUGUGAACAGGGAGGUCAGCAGAGGGCUGUAUUUGAAUCGCAAGCAAAUGCCACAGCCCAAGUACACUCUCACCAAGAAGCUCGUCCUCAAGUAUGUCUGAGCUGACUGGGACCAAGUGCAAUAAUAAUGAUCUGUCACAGUCAUAGAUCCACACCAAUCAGAUUGUUUACAGUAUUGUUGCGUUUGUUUGUGUGUGUGUCUGUAUCAUACAGAAGCUUGCAUGAAUUUCAGUAUUACCUUGAUCUUGAGAUUUGAACAAAAAUAAGGAUCAUGGUGAAUAAAAUGACAUUUUAUUUUUAAAA